UUAAGAUGAUGCGAGGUUAGCUUAGGUUAGAAGAUCCGUGUGUGCCUGGUAAAUGAACAAUAUAUUAUAAAAAAAAGAGAAAAUAAGAAAGUGUUAAAUUUUUACAAUAAUUACCAUUUGCUUUUUAUCGAUGAAUUAUAUAACAGAAAUUAUUUUAUAUAUGUUUUACAACUACAGAGGACAAAUUUUAUAAAGAAAAAUGAUUUAUUUAUUACAAAUUGUUAAAUGUUCUAAAUGUGGCAAAAAUUGUAUAAUGCUUUAACCUUACCAAUGGAGACUAGUAAAGUGACUAGUAAAACCAGCAGCUUGAAAGCUCUCUUGCUGCGAGCUUGGCGAGAGCGCUGGACCGAUUUACAAUGGGGUAUUAAUAUCAAAACAAUUCUUCCCAGAGGAGUAAGUGGUGAUGUAUAUAACUUAGCCGAUUGUAUAUUGCAACAAGCAUUAGUGGGACCAGGGCCUAAUCAGUUAGUGCUAUCGUAUCUGAAACAUUCCUUAAGCUCUCAGUUGGUGUCGUAUGCAGCAGUGUUGCAGCGAAUAAGUAAAUACGAUGCAUUUUAUAAGCCUCAUUGCAUCUUGAGUUUACUUGAAUUUUUGGAAUCAAUACAAAUUGGUAUUACAUGUCGUGGUAAACCAGAAGAGGAUCUUUUAGCAGCAGCAGUUUUAUCCAUUGUUCAUUGGCUUCUACAAUGUUAUUUAUACACAUUAACAUAUGCACCUCAAAAUAAUCCUCUUACUCCACAGUCGAGUGAGCUAAUAGACAAACCUGCCAGUAUUUUACAACAGAUGUUAAAUUCGGAUUUUUUAUGCGCGAUGAUGUAUUUAGCUAAAUACGAUGACAAAGAUCUGUAUAUAGAUGUUGUGAAGCAGUGUCAGGAAAUCGAGUCAUUAUUGAAAACAUGCAGCCAGAAGUCUGUGGUACCAAUAGAAGAUUCUCUGAAAAAGUUAUGCAAUUUGGAGAUUGAAAGUCUUUGCCUUGAAAAAGUUAAAAUGGAAUCUAUUACUCACUGUUUGCAACCACUUUUUGCAGUUCAAGUGUUAUUAAAUCCCAGCACCGAAACGGCCGUGUUUGUCAAUCAAUUGUUAAUGGUGCAAAGAUUAAAAAGUUAUACGAAUGCACGGCUUUAUUGCGAGAUAAUUCGCGCUUGUUUGAUGUGUCUGCACAAUGUGACAGGAACAUUUAAGGAGUCACAGUGGGGAGCUUUUACGUUUUUAAAAGUGCCUCUGAUAUUAAAAGAGUUGCAUGCGGCUACUCUAAAUAGUGACGAAAAAUUCGAAUACUCGCAAGAUAUUUUAGAUGCGUUUGAAUUGUUGCUUCAGUUUACGCCUUUGCUCGAUAUAAUGGACUCCACGUGUUCCUGUAAUUAUGUAGAAUGUUUGUUAAACGAAUUGCAGAAGGUAAAUCUUGUGACAGAGAAGCAGGCAAAGCAAAUAAGCGCGAGAAGAGAAGGAGUAACAGCAGCUCUGCAAAAACUGGAGCCAUCCAGCACUCCGACAUCAUCCAUUCCAAAAGUUAUUAUACGAGCAAAACCGACGCUAGCCGGGAUCUUGAAAACAUUAAAUGCCGACUAUACAAAAAUCCAAGAGGCUUUACUGAGCAUGCUGUAUCAUGUUUUGACAGGGAAUAGCUUUGAAUUAAUGCUGGCUGUCGCGACUGUAGAGGGAAAACUGAAGACUUUUGUCGCUAAACUUAUCAAAUUCAAUGAAAGCAGUAAACAGAUUAAUGAGCCUGUGCCUGACAAAACAGCAGCUACGAGAGCAAUGUUAUUCGAUGUAUCGUUUCUCAUGUUGUGCUCCAUAGUGCAAACAUAUGGCUCUGAUGUUGUCCUAGAAGAAGGCGGAGACUCAUUCUUCGAGCAAUGGGUGUACGAAUGUAUGCCGGAACGAAACAAACCCAAGUCGCCGCAGAAGAUGCUGCAGAACGUUGAUUCGGCGAGAGUGGAUGCUCUGCUGGCGCAAAUUAACUCGCCAGAACCUGAUUUCAAGUCGAGCAAUUUGAAAUGGCACGUCGCGUGCCAAUCAGCGAUGGGCGCGGUGAAGGAGUUGCUUUGCGCGUGGGAGAGCGGUGUCUUAGGAGCCGGUGAUGUCAAGAGGGCUCUAGACGGUUUGCGCACAGCAGCGUGUUGUCUGCCGGUUUGCGCCGCAGCAUGGCUUUGCGCGUACAUGAGCAUUACGCACCAGGAUGCUUUAUUGAAACCCAUGAAUAUGGUUCAGCACUUUUUGACGCCAUUGCCGGGCGAUGAGAUGCAAGAUAAUCUUAAAGAGAGAUCCAGUUUAAUGUUUCAAAUUAUUCGGAAAAUGCAGUAUGACGUACAUCCGCCUACACAAUCGAAAACAAAGGUGCUUUCUAUGUCCCAUAGUAUUAUUUCACGGCAGCCGAUACUGGAACAAUUGGAAUCCGUUUGGCAGAAUAUAAAUCAACGUGGAUGGAUAAAUAUACAAGCUACACAGUCGCUGGAAUCUUUGUUAAAUACUGGUGGUUCUUUAUGGUUCGUCACGAAUAUAGUAAAGGAAGUACUGAAAUAUCGUUAUCAAGAGGAGUUGGAUCAAGCUGUAGAUUUGGCUUUUGCCAUAUUCCAUCUUGAUAUAGAGAAUUGUACUCUAGAUCUUCUAAAUCAUAUAAUACCACAAUACCUACACAAUUCAUUACAAAGUGACGAGCUUGUGGAACCACAAUCAUCCAUCCUGGCGAAAUUGUGCGUGUAUUGUAUAUUUUCUACUUUGGAGUAUAUCAACUCGAAUCAAUAUCGGGGUAACAAUCGUAAGCGUACGCGUUGUGACUUGGACAUUGAUGAUUUGGACGCAUUAGGAAUGUCUAACAAGCUGUUACGACUGAACGAAACAGGCGAGAGCGUCUCUACGUCCGUGUUCGGUUCGCAGAGUCCACAGGCGCAGAGUUCAAAUAAUGGACAAAAGUCGAUGGUUGUUUUAAAGGAUCCGCUUAUGACAGCAUUGAACAACCUGUUCACUAUAUUCGCCUUUUUGGCUGGUAGAGAUGGCGAGGUAUCUCAACAGACGCACUUUAUAUUUCAAUUUCUGCGACUUACAGUGCAGUGUGGGAAAGACAGGACUCGUAUUGUGUUGCAGGGAAUGCCACAGACAUUGGUACCUUGUCUUCUCAAAGCAUUACCCGAAUUGUUCACGACUGAUAUUUUAUUGAGAUUAUAUGACAUACAAGCCGUAAUGGGACGCAAGGCGACAGCACGUGACUUAUGCAUGUUACGGAAUAUUAACUUGAAACCUACAAAAUAAACACAGUUGUUAUAAAAUUAAGGUGCGCUUCUUCACAAUCAUGAUUCUAUUGUGAUGAAUAAGUGCAUCAUAGAUAUUUAAAUAUUUGUAUAUUUAUUCUAAAAUUACUUAUUAAGUAUACUGCUAUAUUAGCAGGGUAAUUGUGUACAUGAUAUAUUUGUAUACUAACCAUCCUCAUGCCUUAACAGCGAUUGUAUGGGCAAUUUACAUAUAGAUAAAUUUCCUUUUUGCACUAAUGCAAAAUAUUCAUAAUACAUGUAUAUAAUACAUGUUAAAACAUUUCAGAGAAAUAUGGUAAGUCUAUAUAAUUAAUUUGUAAGAUUUUAAAUAUGAAGUUAUAGAUCUAAAGUGUA